CGGGGCGGGGCGGCCAUGGCAGGGGGCGGGCAGGAGGCGGGCUUCUGCUUCACCAGCCUGUACAUAAGCGGGCAGUGGCCGCGGCUGCGCGCUGAUCCUGACCUUCAGUGUGCCGGCUCUAGCGCCAUGGCGCCGUCCAGGAAGUUCUUCGUGGGGGGCAACUGGAAGAUGAAUGGCAGGAAGAACACCCUGGGGGAGCUCAUCAACACCCUGAAUGCCGCUAAGGUGCCGGCUGACACUGAGGUGGUUUGUGCACCCCCCACUGCCUACAUCGACUUCGCCAGGCAGAAGCUGGACCCCAAGAUAGCUGUGGCUGCACAAAACUGCUACAAAGUUACUAAUGGGGCCUUCACUGGAGAGAUCAGUCCUGGCAUGAUCAAAGACCUUGGAGCCACAUGGGUAGUCCUGGGCCACUCAGAGAGGAGGCACGUCUUUGGGGAAUCAGAUGAGCUGAUUGGGCAGAAGGUGGCCCAUGCCCUGGCAGAGGGACUAGGAGUAAUCGCCUGCAUCGGGGAGAAGCUGGAUGAAAGGGAAGCUGGUAUCACAGAGAAGGUCGUUUUUGAGCAGACCAAGGUCAUCUCAGAUAAUGUGAAGGACUGGAGCAAGGUUGUGUUGGCCUAUGAACCUGUGUGGGCCAUUGGUACUGGCAAGACAGCAACACCUCAACAGGCUCAAGAAGUACAUGAGAAACUCCGAGGAUGGCUUAAGUCCAAUGUCUCCGAUGCUGUGGCUCAGAGCACCCGGAUUAUUUAUGGAGGUUCAGUGACUGGGGCAACCUGCAAAGAGCUGGCAAGCCAGCCUGAUGUGGACGGCUUCCUGGUGGGCGGUGCCUCCCUCAAGCCUGAAUUUGUGGACAUCAUCAAUGCCAAACACUAAGUGCCAUCCGUCUCCACUCCCCUUCCUGCUAAGCCAGGAAGCAGCUGGGAAUUCCAGUGAUGCCCCUCUCCCAUGCUUUUGAUGUCAUCUGCUCCUCCAGUGGCCCAAUCCAAACGAGUAUUUACACACCACCACCAUCACCACCUCCCCCGCCCCAUAAUGGUUGGGACCAGGCCAAUCUUUUCAUCACUUACUCUGAGCUGCAAGGUAGCUUCUCCCUGGCUGAGAGGCAGGAGUGGAGCUUGCUUAUGGUCCCCCUCAGGCCCUGCUGAGGGCAGUAGAGAAGUCAUCCUCCCCACCACUGUGAUAGUCCUCACUUGAGAGGCAGGGAUGCUACCCUCUCACAGUGCCGACCCUGUGUGUGUGCUGUGUCUAUGAGCUGUCCACAUGUAAGGGAAAUAAAACACCUGGCACUAAGA